CCACUGACAGUAAAAGGACAUCAAAAGGUUGGCAGCACUAUACUGAGAAGAAUUCCAGAUAUCACCAAAAACACCAUGAGUAAUUCAGAACAGCUCUUAAGCAUAAAUGAUCACGACUUCACAAUGAGGCCUGGCUUUGGAGGACCUGCUGUUCCAGUUGGCGUUGAUGUUCAGGUAGAAAGUCUGGACACGAUCUCAGAAGUUGACAUGGACUUCACCAUGACCCUGUAUAUUAGACACUACUGGAAAGAUGAGCGCCUCUCUUUCCACAGCACCACCAAUAAGAGCAUGACCUUUGACGGGCGCCUGGUCAAGAAGAUCUGGGUGCCAGACAUGUUCUUUGUCCACUCCAAGAAGUCCUUCACACACGACACCACCACAGAUAAUGUCAUGCUGAGAGUCUACCCUGAUGGCAAGGUGCUCUACAGCCAAAGGGUGACAGUGACAUCAAUGUGCAGCAUGGACUUGAGUCGCUUCCCUCUGGACACACAGACCUGCUCCCUGGAGAUCGAGAGCUAUGCGUACACGGAUGACGAUCUGAUGCUCUACUGGAAGAAAGGGAACAAUUCCCUAAGCACUGAUGAAAAUAUCUCCCUCUCCCAGUUCCUCAUCCAGGAGUUCCAAACCACCACAAAACUAGCCUUCUACAGCAGCACAGGCUGGUACAACCGUCUGUACAUCACCUUCACUCUACGACGCCACAUCUUCUUCUUCCUGCUCCAGACCUACUUCCCCGCCACUCUGAUGGUCAUGUUGUCCUGGGUGUCCUUCUGGAUCGACCGCCGGGCCGUACCGGCCAGGGUUCCUCUGGGUAUCACCACGGUGCUCACCAUGUCCACCAUCAUCACUGGAGUCAACGCCUCCAUGCCCAGGGUUUCCUACAUCAAAGCUGUGGACAUUUACCUCUGGGUCAGUUUUGUGUUUGUGUUCCUAUCGGUGAUAGAGUACGCCGCAGUGAACUACCUGUCUACGGUGCAAGAACGGAAGGAAAAAAAGCUACGAGAAAGGCUGCCCUGCACCUGUGGCAUGACCCACCCGGGCAUGAUGGGUAGCUACAGCGAGGAGGACGUCAACAACACGGGGAACUAUGACUGUAUGCCUGAGGAGAACGGCGCCAUGAAGCAGCAGAGGAUGAUGGUCCAUCUGGACAUUGAGGAAAACAACCAAAUCACAGGACAUGUGGGCUCCAGUGCCUACAGCAGCAUGUGGGUCGACACCCACGCCAUAGACAAGUACUCCCGGGUCAUCUUUCCUGGGUCGUAUACUCUGUUCAACAUCAUCUACUGGUCCUGCUACCUCUAA